AGGGCCCGCUGCACUGUGGGUAGGCGGCGGCGGCGGCGGCGGCGGCGGCGCGGAGCGGCAGGCGGCGGAGCGAGGCCGCGCGCGCCGAAGAUGGCUGAGAAGCAGAAGCACGACGGGCGGGUGAAGAUCGGACACUACGUGCUGGGCGACACGCUGGGCGUCGGCACCUUCGGCAAAGUGAAGAUUGGAGAACAUCAAUUAACAGGCCAUAAAGUGGCAGUUAAAAUCUUAAAUAGACAGAAGAUUCGCAGCUUGGAUGUUGUUGGAAAAAUAAAACGAGAAAUUCAAAAUCUGAAACUCUUUCGUCAUCCUCAUAUUAUCAAACUAUACCAGGUGAUCAGCACUCCAACAGAUUUUUUUAUGGUAAUGGAAUAUGUGUCUGGAGGCGAAUUAUUUGACUACAUCUGUAAGCAUGGACGGGUUGAAGAGAUGGAAGCCAGGCGGCUCUUUCAGCAGAUUCUGUCUGCUGUGGAUUACUGUCAUAGGCAUAUGGUUGUUCACCGAGACCUGAAACCAGAGAAUGUCCUGUUGGAUGCACAUAUGAAUGCCAAGAUAGCUGAUUUUGGAUUAUCUAAUAUGAUGUCAGAUGGUGAAUUUCUAAGAACUAGUUGUGGAUCUCCAAAUUAUGCGGCACCUGAAGUCAUCUCAGGCAGAUUGUAUGCGGGUCCUGAAGUUGAUAUCUGGAGCUGUGGUGUUAUCUUGUAUGCCCUCCUUUGUGGCACCCUCCCAUUUGAUGAUGAGCAUGUACCUACGUUAUUUAAGAAGAUCCGAGGUGGUGUCUUUUAUAUCCCAGAAUAUCUCAAUCGUUCUGUCGCCACUCUCCUGAUGCAUAUGCUUCAGGUUGACCCACUGAAACGCGCAACUAUCAAAGACAUAAGAGAGCAUGAAUGGUUUAAACAAGAUUUGCCCAGUUACUUAUUUCCUGAAGACCCUUCCUAUGAUGCUAAUGUCAUUGAUGAUGAGGCUGUGAAAGAAGUAUGUGAAAAAUUUGAGUGUACAGAAUCAGAAGUAAUGAACAGUUUAUAUAGUGGUGACCCUCAAGACCAGCUUGCAGUGGCUUAUCAUCUUAUCAUUGAUAAUCGGAGAAUAAUGAACCAAGCCAGUGAGUUCUACCUCGCCUCUAGUCCUCCAUCUGGUUCUUUUAUGGAUGAUAGUGCCAUGCAUAUUCCUCCAGGCCUGAAACCUCAUCCAGAAAGGAUGCCACCUCUUAUAGCAGACAGCCCCAAAGCAAGAUGUCCAUUGGAUGCACUGAAUACGACUAAGCCCAAAUCUUUAGCUGUGAAAAAAGCCAAGUGGCAUCUUGGAAUCCGAAGUCAGAGCAAACCAUAUGACAUUAUGGCUGAAGUUUAUCGAGCUAUGAAGCAACUGGAUUUUGAAUGGAAGGUAGUGAAUGCAUACCAUCUUCGUGUAAGAAGAAAAAAUCCAGUGACUGGCAAUUAUGUGAAAAUGAGCUUACAACUUUACCUGGUUGAUAACAGGAGCUAUCUUUUGGACUUUAAAAGCAUUGAUGAUGAAGUAGUGGAGCAGAGGUCUGGCUCCUCAACACCUCAGCGUUCCUGUUCUGCUGCUGGCUUACACAGACCAAGAUCAAGUUUUGAUUCCACAACUGCAGAGAGCCAUUCACUGUCUGGCUCUCUCACUGGCUCUUUGACUGGAAGCACAUUGUCUUCAGUUUCACCUCGCCUGGGCAGUCACACCAUGGAUUUUUUUGAAAUGUGUGCCAGUCUGAUCACUACUUUAGCCCGCUGAUGAUCUGUCUCUAGUUUCUUUCUGUUAUAGCUCUAUGAAAAUCAGAUAUAUUCUUUAAAUUUUUUGUAUUGCUUUUGGGUAACAUCUGCUGCAAUACUAAUUGAGAGACAUGAAUUAUCUCCAGGGGACACACAAUGCUAUUGAAAUUACUGAAAACAAAAUAUCUGACAUCUUAUUUACUUGUAGAAAUCUGUAAUUUUAUUGUGCCUAUGAUAAAUUCACAUAGGCAGUAUCUUUAAUAGGUUAAUAUCGAUGAGGAUUUUAAAUUUACAAUUAAGAGUUCAUUACAGAUGAUUAACACACCACACUGGUGAACCAUCUCAAUGUAAAGGUGGUUUGGCAACACCUCCUUGCUUUACUGUUUAGUGUAGGUAAAUCUAGUUUACUUCCUAAAUUUCAGUAGGCUUUCUGCUGUGUUUAUGCCCCCAAUUUUUUUUUUAACAAAAAACGAUUAAAAAGUAAAAGAACCACUAGUAAGAUAUUAUUUAAAUGUUGAAAUCUUAAAAACCUGCCCUCAAGAUUUCAGAAGCCAACUCUGACAGUAUUUUUACAAAUACUGCCUAGUAUAUUCAACAGGAAGACGGGGGUCAUGUAACAGGUAAACACAAUUUUCAGAUUCCUUAAAAACAGCUGUAACUAACUCAGGGUUUUAGUUUGCGAUUUCCCUGAAUAAUAUGCUUAAGAGCCUUCAAGUUUCAAAUUAGUAUUGGAACAUCUGGAAUUGCAACAAUUUUUGUCUUUUACAUAAACUUACGUCAUUUAAAAAAUGCCUUCAAAACUUACCUUUCGCAAAUUCUUUAUGGCUCUGUUGAUUUUUGCAUUUCACCAACAGUGAUAAAAUAGUUAAAGUAUCAACAGUCCUUUAAAUGAGAAUUCUCUUUGAUCUUUACUUUGUGUGUCAAGUUUUAGGGUCCUGGUGCAUCUCACAAUGCUGAUUCUUCAUUGGAAGCCACUCCCUUCACUCCACCUAUCCUAGUCACUACUGUCUUUGUUUAUUGUGUGAUCCUCAGUGGUUGAAUGAUACAGCUUUUGAAUUUUUUUCUAGUUUCAAGUUUGAAAACACUGUUCUGGACCUAAGGGCUUUUGUACACUUUCAAAGCUUGAUAGGCUAUGACCUUUACUGUUGAACCUGAUGGGGCAGGGAAGCUUUGAACAUCAAGAAAAAAAUUCUCUCUAAAAUAAGUAAA